GCGGGGGAGCGGCGCCGCCGCCGCCGCCGGUCGGUCUCACUAAGCUGCUCCUCGUUUAGCAGAAGCCCCUCGGCGAGGCAGCGGGGGUCACUGCACGGCGUGAUCAAACCGGGAGAGGAUGGGGUUAGGAGGAAGGUUUAAUAAUUAUGUAUUGCAGCUGAGUUGCUUGGCAGGACAGCUCAUUGGAGAGCCUGUUGGCCCUUCUGUUUUAAUUCCCUUUAUACGUGCGUGCCUUCUGGAAGAAGGUGUGGUGCAUUGAUUACGUUACUAAAAGGAAAAUCCCUAGUCUGCAAUGCUUCAUAAACAGAAUUUUUCUGCAGUGCACUUGUUUUCUGCUCGUAUACAUUAAACAAGCUUUACGUGUGCUUUAUUCACACCAGGCGUGGUGAAUGUGACUGUAGGAAAUGUUUGAAGAAUAGGUGGUAUAAACUCAGUAACUGCUUUAUUAAUCUGUGCUCCCAGCGGCUGGAUGUAACCAUGGAGCCCUCCAUUUCUCAGCAAUAAAUAGUAGAACUGUAAUAAUUUAUUAUAAAUAUAAGGCCUUACUGUACAAAAUAUUCCAGAAUGUAUUCUCUAGUUAUUUUGAACAGUAGUAUGAACAAAUCAGACUACAUCAUGAAGCAGACAAAGCAUGUUUCGUAGUGCAUUCUGCCUGCGUGCCUGUAUUUGUCAUACCCAUCCAACUUGUGGUGUUCUCAGGUUAGUUAUUCACGCUAGUAGAAGUCCACCGUAAGGAUUUUAGGGGAAAAUUUAAGUAAGGAGAAAGGGAAACUUUUUUAUUUGAUAACCAACAGGAUAAAAUUAAAUUCAGUUUUUAGGAACUAGGUUUUUUUUUUUGAUUCUUACCUAUUUUUUAAAUCCAUUUGUGAGCUCAAAGUUAUGCAACUUGCCACUGGAACCUGAUUUUCAGCAUUUUACUAGAAGAAAAUACGCUUUUACACCUGGUCUUACAUUUUCAGAUAACUUACAGCUUGAGUAGUUACAUAACACUAAUACUACACAUGAUACUGUGCAGAUACCUAUGAUGAGUUUUAAAGUUUCUGGAGGCCCAUUGUUGCAGUUGGAGUUUGCUCACUCAGUUAUAUGUUCAGCUCUCAGGCACAAAAUCACUCAGUUAAUUACACAAACAGAAAAUUCUGGUUUUCUGCUCUUUUUCUGCAGCCAGAAUUAGGCUUUGUACCUGUGGUCUAGUUUCUUUACAGCUUUUCACCUGAUUAUUCGCUGCUUAAUGAUUGCUGUCUGUUUUAUAUGAAAGUAUCUGGAAUUCCCAUAAGCUUUGAUUACCUCUGCGAGACAAGAACAUAAUCAUGUGCAAUAGGAUGAGUGACUUAAUGGAAUGUUUUUUUCUUAUAUAAGGGCUUAAAAAGAAAAAAAAACCACGCAGGCAUGGACCAGAACAGAUCAGUUCAGAGUAAAAAAUUCUGGAGUCUGUCUUUAGUACCAUCGUGUGAGCUGAUGUGACACUCCAUGACUGAGUUUACCAGCUGGAGCAUGUGGCAUGAUGACACUUAUUUCAAAAACUCUUGGGAAAUACAUUUGAAAUUUGUGAGGAGUUUUGUGAUCUGUGGGUGAAAAUUAUUACGUCCGCAAAGCAGAACUGUUAAACCCACCUUUGGGGUUGUCCUCCCUUUCUUACGCUUCCUGUAAAGUAGGAAGGAAAAAAAAAAAAAAGACCAUGAGGAUUUAGUAACAGGGUGGAAAUACUAAUGCAAGGUAGUCCUCUUUUUGCACCUGCAUGUUGGACUGUUUCCCUUAGCACAUACACUAUGUUGGCCCCAGAGCAUCUGUGUACACAGCACUUUUGGAUGUAUUUGAUACGUAAUAUUAUCUGUUCCUGUUUUUUUCAGAGGUCAUUGUGCUGACAUGGGAAAGAUGUCUGACGAAGCAGAAAUCAUUUGUUAAGUAGAAAAUAAAAGUACUUGUUUACAAAAAUGAAAAUUAAGCUAAUCCAGAUAAUAACUGAGAUUUAGUGUCCUUAUCAACUGAGUGAGGUAUGUUUGAGGGACCUUUACAGUUCCUCUCCAUCAUCCUGAACACUAUUUAUGUUACUGUGAUUCCUCAUCUCCUUUACCGUUAUUGUCAUCUUCUGGCUCCUAGAACAAGAUUGACGUAGCUGCUUCUGUAAUGCCGUAUGUCAUUAUUAUUAACUAAGAUAUUUCUAGAGUCAAUCUGCUGUUCGUGAAGAGUGCUGCACAGAGAAUAGUACUAGAAGGCAAAUACCUUUGAAGAGCAGGUUACACAGGAGUAUUAGGGAUCUUGCUGCACUUGCACUGUCCGUCUUCCUGCGCCUACCAUGUGUCUGAACUAUUGACCAGGGAUCGUAUUUAUUAAUUCAGCCAUAUUUAGGGUGACAGUCUUGUCAGGACAAAAACUAAAAAUAACUGGACAUACAGCUUUUCCUUGGAAUAGUGCAGACCAUCCACAAAACAUCUUUGUUAAAAAGCAAAACAAACCAUUUUUGACAACAACCUAUGACACACUUUCCAUGGCUUGUCUUGUACCAGCAUACUCUGGGGUUCCCUGAGUACCUGUUUCACUGUUUACAGUGCUUUCAGGGAAGGAGCUUUUGGGAAAUUCCCUGAAUUGUUGCUUGUUCCCAGCAUGGGGCUUUUGUGGUACUUUUGUAUAAAUGUCUAGUCCCCAAAAGUCAUAGCCGAGGAAGGCUUAGCUUUUCACCACAGAGGAGCAGUGCAAGCCAUUUACCCAUGAAACAGGUGUUACGAGAGGUUGCAGUGAUGUGAAAUAGAUUUGAGGAGGACCGUACUUGGGACAGGGUUGCCAAGGCACGCCAGGGUGCCCUGACUCUGUGCCCAAAAGCCUCCCUUGGCUGUUGCCCAGGUAACUGAGCAGCAGUAUCUGCUGCUGUGACCAGGAGCCGUGUACUCCUGUUAGUUGGCAUGCUGGCCUUACACCCAGCCUAACUCCGUGCGACGGUGGAUUGUGCCUUGCUAAUUGAGACCAGUUUAUGCUUUGACAAAGGAAGCUGUUUACUACUUCUGGAGGCUUGAGCUGGAGGGGAACGUCAGUGCAGCUGACAGCCUUGCAUCAGACCCUGCAUCCUGACAUGCCCACGAGUAGGUGCCGUAGUGGCUUUAGCCACAGACUUGGCAGAAGUCUGGAGUCGGGCGUAGGUUUAAAAAAUGGCAGAAGAUGGCAACGAUGAGACUAUGUUUAUCUGGUGCGAAGACUGUGGGCAGUACCAUGAUUCAGAGUGUCCUGAACUGGGCCCAGUGGUGACAGUAAAAGACUCCUUUGUAUUGAGCAGAGCCAGAUCAUCUCUGCCUUCCAAUUUGGAGAUAAGACAACUGGAAGACGGGACUGAAGGCGUAUUUGCCCUGACGCAGCUAGUGAAACGUACCCAGUUUGGCCCAUUUGAAUCCAAGAGAGUUGCCAAACUGGAAAAAGAAUCAGUUUUUCCCCUGAAGGUGUUCCAGAAGGAUGGGCCCCUAGUGUAUUUUGAUACCUCAAAUGAAGAUGAUUGCAACUGGAUGAUGAUGGUGCGGCCAGCCACUGAAUAUGAACAUCAGAAUUUAACUGCCUUCCAGCAUGACAAUGAUAUUUACUUCACCACCUCCCGGGACAUUCCACCAGGAACUGAGCUGCGAGUGUGGUAUGCAGCUUUUUACGCCAAAAAAAUGGAAAAGCCAGUGCUGAAGCAGGUCGCUAGUAUUGCCAAUGAUAUGUGCCUGGUAGUAAUGGAAUAUGAUAAAGAAGGGAACAAAAUCUCUUCAAAGCCUUCAUCUGCUGUCUUCCCUCAUAAAAAAGCAAAGAAAUCCAGCAUACCAGUAGCUGACAUAGCAGUGAACACUCCAGAAGGCAGUAGAGCUGCAGAAGCAGAGUCCGGCCAGUGGACCUGUAAAGUGUGUUCAUCUGCUUUCCAGGAGCCUCAGCUGCUGACAGAGCACUUGCUGAGUCACCUGGAACAAGCCAAAGGUGCCCCCCAAACAAGCCAAAAUGAGGUUGUUCCAGAGAAAGCAACGGAGGCUCCCCCUGUGGAUCAGACCACGAUUUGUGAUAAAGCUACUAGUGCCAGUGCAGACUCAAGAAGGAAGGCCAGACGGGGAAGAAAGCCAAAAACAGCAAAAACAGAAGCACCCCUUGUCAUUGUUGAAGAGGAAGAUCCUGCAGUGGAACGGGUAGCUGAAAUUGUAACUGAGGUCCCACCUGAUGAGGUAGCCCUACCUUCAGCUGCAGAAGAGAGGAUUAUGGAAUUGGUUUUAGGAAAGAUGCCUAGCACCACAAAUAGCAUCAGUUCAGUGACAAAUAGGUUUGCUCAUCACCAAAACACCAUGUCCCUCAAAAGAAGUUUAAUUCUCUCUAGUAGACAUGGUAUACGUCGGAAGCUGAUAAAACAACUUGGGGAGCACAAACGAGUCUAUCAAUGCAGUAUCUGCAGUAAGAUCUUCCAGAACAGCAGCAACCUCAGCAGGCACAUCCGUUCUCACGGUGACAAACUAUUUAAAUGUGAGGAAUGCGCAAAGCUAUUCAGCCGUAAAGAGAGCUUGAAGCAGCAUGUUUCAUACAAGCACAGCAGGAACGAAGUUGACAGUGAGUACAGAUACAAGUGCACCACGUGUGAAAAGGCCUUUCGGAUAGAGAGUGCAUUGGAAUUCCAUAACUGCAGGACAGACGACAAGACAUUCCAGUGUGAGAUGUGCUUCAGAUUCUUUUCUACAAACAGUAAUCUCUCAAAACACAAGAAAAAGCAUGGAGACAAGAAGUUUGCAUGUGAAAUCUGCAAUAAGAUGUUCUACCGGAAGGAUGUCAUGCUGGACCAUCAAAGAAGACACUUGGAAGGGGUGAGGCGUGUCAAAAGAGAAGACUUUGAGCACAGCACGGAAAACAUGGUUCGCUACAAGAAGGAGCCUUCAGGAUGCCCUGUGUGUGGGAAGGUGUUUUCAUGUAGAAGCAAUAUGAAUAAACAUCUUUUAACACACGGAGACAAGAAAUACACCUGUGAAAUCUGUGGACGUAAAUUCUUCAGGGUGGAUGUGUUGCGAGAUCAUAUUCAUGUCCAUUUUAAGGACAUAGCACUAAUGGAUGAUCACCAGAGGGAAGAGUUCAUUGGUAAAAUUGGAAUCUCAUCAGAGGAAAACGAUGACAACUCUGAUGAAAGUGCAGAUUCUGAGCCUCACAAGUAUAGCUGCAAAAGGUGCCAGUUAACUUUCGGCAGAGGGAAAGAGUAUCUGAAGCACAUAAUGGACGUGCACAAGGAGAAAGGCUAUGGCUGUAGCAUUUGUAAUCGACGUUUUGCCUUGAAGGCAACCUACCAUGCUCACAUGGUCAUUCAUCGGGAGAACCUACCUGAUCCUAACGUGCAGAAAUACAUCCAUCCAUGUGAAAUCUGUGGAAGGAUAUUUAACAGUAUAGGGAAUCUGGAAAGACAUAAGCUUAUACAUACAGGUGUAAAAAGUCAUGCUUGUGAACAGUGUGGCAAAUCAUUUGCUAGGAAAGACAUGUUAAAAGAACACAUGCGAGUCCAUGAUAAUAUCAGAGAAUACUUGUGUGCAGAAUGUGGCAAAGGAAUGAAGACAAAACAUGCACUUCGGCACCACAUGAAACUUCACAAGGGGAUUAAAGAAUAUGAAUGCAAGGAAUGUCACCGAAAAUUUGCACAGAAAGUGAAUAUGCUGAAGCAUUACAAAAGACACACAGGAAUCAAAGAUUUCAUGUGUGAGCUCUGUGGGAAGACAUUCAGUGAGAGAAACACAAUGGAGACUCAUAAGCUGAUUCAUACAGUAGGAAAACAGUGGACAUGUUCAGUUUGUGAUAAGAAGUAUGUCACUGAUUACAUGCUCCAGAAGCAUAUCCAACUCACUCAUGAUAAGGUAGAAGCCCAGAGCUGUCAGCUGUGUGGGACAAAGGUUUCUACCAGAGCAUCCAUGAGUCGACAUAUGAGGCGUAAACAUCCCGAGGUUCUUUCAGUGAGGAUUGAUGAUUUAGAGCAGCUGCCAGAAACUACCACCAUUGAUGCCUCCUCUAUUGGGAUUGUUCAGCCGGAAUUAGCCUUGGAACAGGGAGAGUUACCAGAAGGUAAACAGCAUAUGAAAGCUCCUAAACGUGGCCAGAAACGAAAGCAAAAGCCAGGUGACGAGGAGGAAGCUCAAGUGCGUGAGGAUCCUGCCUUCAGUGAAUACACAGAGAAGGAAGCAGAAUUCACAGGAAAUGUUGGAGAUGAGACUAAUUCAGCGGUACAGAGCAUUCAGCAGGUGGUCGUGACCCUCGGCGAUCCAAAUGUCACAGCCCCUUCCAGUUCUGUUGGGCUGACAAAUAUCACUGUUACCCCCAUUACUACGGCAGCUGGAACCCAAUUCACAAACCUGCAGCCAGUGGCUGUGGGCCAUCUCACUGCACCUGAACGCCAGUUACAGCUGGACAACUCAAUUCUCACCGUGACGUUUGACACUGUCAGUGGUUCUGCUAUGCUGCACAACCGCCAAAAUGACAUUCAGAUCCAGCCGCAGCCAGAGGCAGCCAAUCCUCAGUCUGUGGCCCAUUUUAUAAAUCUGACCACCUUGGUGAACUCCAUUGCUCCUCUAGGGAACCAAAUAACAGAACAGCAUCCUCUGACAUGGAGGGCAGUGCCUCAAACUGAUGUCUUGCAGCCCCAGGCGCAGCCAACGCAACAGCAGUCAGGACAGCAGCAGGUUCAAACAGAGCAACAACAGAUGUAUAGCUACUAAUUUAUACUUGAAAAACAUUUGAAAUGAACAGUACUUAGAGACAAAAACACACAAACAUUUGGAAAAUUUCUAAUAGGAUCGUUUGCUGGAUACCAAACAGAGAUGUGAAAAUGUUUAUACAAUGAAAUGUAAGCUAAAAUUGGAAUAGCACCCUGCAACACCCAAAUCUCGAGAUUCUCACACUGUCUCUAGACAUUGCACUGUCUUUAAAGAAAAAAAAAGAAAAAGGAAAAAAUCUCACCCUAAAUUUAGCACCCCCUUGCACUGUGUAUUUUGUGCAGUAAGAUUGAGAUAUGACAGAAGCAUCACAAUACAUCUUAAUCAAAGCAGGGAAAUCCUAAAUAAUAUGGCAGUGGUGAUUUACAAAACCCUUUUAGCCAUAACAUGUCACUUCUUUCCAGUCUGGAAAUUAAAUAUGGAGACCUUGUUCACAGUGAGCUGGGAUGCACUCGUGGUCACCUUGUAGAGACUGAAAUGUAAAGACACAAAUGGGCAAAACAGUAGUUGUUUUUUUUCUUCUUUAGGUCUUGUAUCUAACAACGUUGGUAAAGUAGGUGGAGGUUGGGGCUUGGGGGUGGGGAUGAGUGUGGUGUGGAAGAAAAUGUACCCAAUUUCACAAACUAUCCAUUUUAGUGAUGGGAAAAACCCUGUACCCAUAACACAGUGUUAGUACUACUUGAAUCAGAUAGCCGGUCUAAUGCUAAAGCAACUUUAAUGGUCUUCUAGUCAAGUUUGAUUCAAAACAGUUAUGAAGUGAAACCAGAAUGUGAUACAAUUUUAUGUAAUUUUUCAAAACUGCUCUUUCGAUAUUGCUUUUAGCUAAUAGGCCUGAAGAGCAAUCAGUCCCUUUUGAUCAAGUUCAGGAUGUGAAUUUUUAUCAAUUAGUCUUUCAUUGUGUAAUAAACAUUUGAGAAAGCAUUUUUAUAUAUA